ACUUUCUAGUCUCCAUCUUUUUUCGCAUGGAAAAAAAUCUAAGCUUGUGAAAAUUUGUCGGCAGUGAAAAAGAGCACAAAGUUUUUAAUCUAAAUUAUUAAAUUUUUGCAAAAAAAGCCAUAAAUAUGCCGAGAGAUUAUGAUCGUGAUUACAAUGAAGAUACCAGUGAUUACAAGAGAAAAAGGCGUACUGACGACGAAGCCGGUGGUGGAAGUAAUACGGGCGGUGGCGGUGAUAUGGAUGGGCAUGGACGCGGGCAAGACCAUGGUCAGCCAAUGCAAUCCCAUGACGCACCCCCUUUGAAUGAAAAAACCAAUGCUUACCUUGAACAGUGUGAGCAGGAGAAAAAGACGCUAGCAAAGGACCAUACAGUAUGUAAGCGUUUAAUAGACGACGAAAUUGAAAAAAUUUUGGUUAGUGGGCGAAUUCCAAAGCCAGAAAUCUAUGCAAACGUCUACAGUGAAAAACCAAUACGUGUUGCGCAAAAAGUUUUAUUCCCGAUUAAGGAAUAUCCGAAAUUCAAUUUCGUUGGAAAGAUAUUAGGGCCGAAAGGAAAUACAUUACGUCAAUUGCAAGAAGAAACUUUUUGCAAAAUGGUGGUUAUGGGCCGUAAUUCUAUGCGAGAUCAUGCUAAGGAAGAGGAAUUGCGCAGCUCUGGCAAUCCAAAAUAUGCCCAUCUUAGCCGGGAUUUGCAUGUUGAAAUAUCUACAGUAGCGCCGCCAUCGGAAGCAUACCAUCGUUUGGCUUAUGCAUUGGCAGAGAUACGAAAAUUCAUGAUACCAGAUGCCAACGAUGACAUUCGCAUGGAACAAAUGCGUGAAAUGGAUGGCAAAGAGCGUAUGUACAAAAAAACUCAUUACUCGAAGUCUUACGGUGAGCACGCGGUAUAUAGCUGUCGUACUCCUCCACCGCCAACAUUUGAAAAAUCAUCCAAACCGAAGGUUUAUUCUAUUUUAGAGAAAGCUCGUUAUGUUAUGGACGAUCCUGGAUAUGGUCUUGUAAAGUCGCAUAGAUCUCGUGAUCACGAGUUGUAUGAACAUCAUGGUGAAUAUGAUCGCUAUACGCCUCCACCGCCAACAAAACAUUCAAGCACACAUCACGCACCUUACGAAAGUGGUUCGUACGAGCGCGAUUACCGCCGUGAAUAUCAUCCGCAUUCAUCGUCGUACACCGCUGCAUAUGCAGCUAAACCAAGCAACGGUCGCUCUUCAUCUUCAUACCGACCUACAACAUCGGGAUCGCACUCUUCCUCACACUACGAAGCAGGAUCACGAUCACGGGAAAGCGUAAGAUAUCGUUCGGCACCUUAUCCGAAAUUGCGUUAAAAAUGUUUAAAAGCAUUUUAGAGAACAACAGAACAACACUUCAAUUAAGUACGAAUUCCAACCGUAUUAAAAUCGACAACAACAACAUGCGUUAGCUUAAUCUAUUCAAUAUCCAAUAUAUAAAUAAAAUAAAUAAACAUGAAAGGCAAAAACAAAAUAUACUUAUGCAUAUAUAAAAAACGUACAGAGGUAAAAAAAAUGUUAGAAGACAAACAAGAAAAAUUAUAUCUAAUGCCCAAUAUUAAAUCAUCAAAUUGUUCAAAAAUCAAAGUAUCGCGGAUACAAAACUUUAAGAAAAAAAUAAAAUAAAGGAAAAUCUCAUACAAUAAUGGAAUUAAAAAAUGAAAAGGAACUUAUUAGUGUACAUUUUACAAUAUGAAAACGUUCCGUUAUCGUAGCAACAAAAAAUACAAAAAUAUUAACAGAAACAGCAACAAAAACAAAUAAUUUGCACUAGUAAAACUGAUUCAAAUAAUACAAAACAUCGACAAGUAUAUAAAUUAUGACUAAAUAGGCAUAAGAAUUACAGGAUUGAAAAUGUGUGUGCAGUGUUGGAACGUAAGUAUAUGCCACAGCCAAUAUAUUCCCUAUUACAUACAUAUGAUAAUAGUGUAACCGAUUGUACAAUACCGUACGGAGAGACAUUAAGAAAUAAUAAGGAUACAUAAUCGAAAAAUUCAAAUGUUAGAUGCAUAAAUAUCUUAUUUUAAGUAUAACACUAAUAAAAAGAAACACUAAACACGA